UUCCCAAUUUAAAUUAAACUGAAAUAGGAAACUCUUAAUCUGAAAUAAGUAUCCAUAUGUAGAUUUGCACUAAAACCGGGGAUUAAAACUGAUUUAGUUACUCUGGUUCCAGUUUGAGUAUAGACCAGCCCUUUGUGUCUUAACAAACAUUAAAUGUAACUUUGUCCUUGAUGUGGAUGAGGACAGGUUUAAAAAUAUGUUAGCUGGUUGUAGUUAACCCUAGAGAUUAGUGUUAACCAUGACCAGCUAAUGUGUUCUUAAAGAUCACUUGUCCAUGUCUACACUAGUUACUAAAUUAUCUAUCAUGUUCAGUAAAACAUAUUAGUACUGUCUAAUAUAAUGUACUUUUCCAGUGGAGCUGUGGCCUAAUGCUGCACUUCAUUUUAAAACUUAGUUUGCUUAAAUAGAUUGUGUGUACUGAAACUGUUUUCUCGAACAUGGGAUGAAGUGGUUAGUUUGGAACAGAAUACUUUAUUCACAUGGUAAUACUUGCAUAGCUUGCCAAAGUGUAAAAAUGACAGAAUCCUAGGAUUGUUGUAAUAAUAUAGAAAUAUUCUGUUCAUCGGUAGAUCUCAAAGUGCUUUGUAAAGGAGGUAAGUGUCAGAUGGGAAAAUGAGGCACAGAGAGGUAUAUUGACUUGUUCAAGGUCUCCCAGCAAGUCAAUGGCAGAGCUGGGAGUAGCCCCAGUAAGGUGCUCUAUCCACUAGGCCAUCUUCUCAAGCAUUUGUCAGGAGAGACUCACAGUAUGCUAGGGGUUCUUCCAGGAACCAUUGGUCAUUGUUGUCUAUUCCUGAUUCAUUGACAGAUGCUACAUUAUGUGGCGUUGAGUCUACAGUCUUUUCAUAAUUUAAAGAGCAGUGCUCAGUUUGGAUGUUCUCUGGGUUAUGUUUGACCAGUUUUAGAGUUUCACUUAAUGUUUGAAGUUGGGAGGAUUGGGCAUUGCAGUGUUUGUGUGUGCCAUUUGAAUAAUGUUUGAGUUUUUGUGAUGCAUAGUGGAUAUGUUAGAGCGCUUACAAAUGCUUUGAGACAAGGUGUUGUAUAAAUGUUGGAUUAUUCUUGCUAGUACUUGAGUGAGUUUACUGAGAAGUAUUAACCCUUGGAGAGUCCUUGCUAUGUGUUUUUUGUUAACUCUUUAACCAAUAAAGCACAGUAAUCCAAUAGCCAAGUAAUGUACAUAAGAGGUUUAUUGCUGUUAGAGAUUAGUCUAUUUAAAAAAAAAAAUCUUAAUAGCAUAAUAGCAAUUUAGCUACUGAGGGUUUUCAACACCCAGAUACACCUCUGCCUCGAUAUAACGCUGUCCUCGGGAGCCAAAAAAUCUUACCGCAUUAUAGGUGAAACCACGUUAUAUCAAACUUGCUUUAAUCCACCGGAGUGCGCAGCCCUGCCCCCCGCGGAGCACUGCUUUACCGCAUUAUAUCCGAAUUCGUGUUAUAUCGGGUCGCGUUAUAUUGGGUUAGAGGUGUACUGUUUAUCCAGUACUUAACACAGUGAGGUCCUGGCCCAUGAAUGAGAUGCCUAAGUUCUACCCAAUAAGAAUAAUAACUCCUCAAAUACUCAUAGCCUUUGUAUUCACCUGGAUUCCUCAUUGCUGCUUGAUGAUCAAAUAGCUGUAGCCAUAAAAAAAAGAAGCCCUUUUCCGUUUGAUUUACAAGAAGACUGCACCCUACUGUUAGAUUUGCAUUGUGAUGCAUGAAUUUGAGACAUCCAGAAUUGUUUGGAGGGAGGUAGUUUGUAUCUUUCUAAGAAAUUAAAAUCUGUUGAAAUAGCAUGGAGGCCACUUAAACAUAUCUUACUGGAAUAUCAGUAACAAUUCACUGAAGAAAUGUUGUUCCUUCAAAACUCUUGGAUAAAGCUAUGAGGUCACUGUGAAAAUGUCAUUAAUAUGAACUAGUGUGCUGUUGGAUAGCCAGUGUUGUACCUAGAGAGGUGAGCUUUAUUUCCAGGGCUUUGGAGCGGAGCCCGGAGCUGGAGCGCGGAGCAGCAGGUUUUUGCCUGGAGCUGGAGCGGAGCCGGAGCACAGCGCCAAAGCCCUAUAUUCUGUCAGUUAAAUUGAAGCAAUAAAGAUGUGCUAUGAAUUUGUCUACUGGGUAGAUUUAGAGAUUUGUCCACCUUCAGUAUAUCAAAAUUUUACAUUUUCUAGGUCUAGCUGUUGUCAGAGGCUAGAUAUUGCACUGUGAGACCGUAUUUUUUUUUAAAAAAAGCCUUCAACACUUCUGUAUUGCUAUUCCAGGUGAAAAAUAAUCCCUUGAGAGAGAAUAAAUUCAUACAUUUAAAAGGAUGGUGUCACUUUGCUUUACAGUGGGAGGCACUGAGUUGGUAUCAUGUCAGGUAGAGCAUUAGACUGAAUCUCAGGAGACCUACAUUCAAUUCCUAGCGCAGUCAUAGACUUGCUGUGUGUGAGACCUUGGGCAAAUAAUUUAAUCUACCGUUUGUGUCAGUUCUCUAUCUAUGAAAUAGGGAUAAGAAGUCCUUGCCUUCCAUAUAAUUAUGAAGCACUUGGAUACUAUGAUGAUGAGAUCCACAUAAUUGUUAUUGGAUGAUAAAUAUAUGCUUCAGAUUUCAGAUAGGCUAAUGAAAGUUGGAGCCCUGAGAUGGGUCUGGGGCAGUAUUUACUGCCUCUUCAGCACAUGGGAGUGGGGUCUGGGCUUUUCACCAGUACAUUGCACUUCACGGGUGGGUUCUCUUCCUGUCUUUCACAUUGGCCUUUGUCUAGUUGGCUGAGUCCUCUGGCUAGUAGCUGCCUAGUUAACUUUUCAAGCCAUGGCAUUUAUAAAAUUUAUAACAGAGUCAUUUGUCAGCUGGCCUAAUGGGAAGUUCACAGUUACCAUUCCUGGAGAGGUUCCUUUCUCCUUUAUGACCCUUCUAAAAGUAACCGAAUGCUGAAAAAAUGUAGUAGGUUGAUAUAGCAAGUAAAUAUGUUGUCACAAUAGCUACUGAGAGUUUACACUAUCACUGUCAGGGUUUUAAAGAAAACUGCAAUGUUAGUUAUGCCAUAAUUAAAUGUAUGUAUUGUGUAUGUAAUGUUGAAAUUGUCAUUGCCUGCAUUGCAGUCUAUAAUUUUGUUUUCUAAAUUAUAAUAUGCUACAAUGUAUGUUGAAACUAAAUUAGUCUUGUAAUAAGUGUCAAGUAGAUUAAAUAUUUGAUCACCCUUACAAUGAUUAUCCUUAGCUUUAGCAUUGCUACUAUGAUAUCUGAUAUGGCAUAAUGUUUAAAUGUGUAUUUAUUUAGAAGAAACAACUAUUCUUUUAUCCUAAAAAGCCAGUUGGCCUGACUUUCAAAUCUGCUGCAUGCUUGGAACUCCCACUGAAUUCAUGGGAGCUGAGAGUGCCCAGUGUCCCUGAAAAUAGUGUUCACAGAGUACCUCAAAAUGGAAGCAUUUUGUUCCUUCUAAUUCCUAGAGCUAUAUGCACACUGAGAACAUAGCUGCAUAAGCUAGGAAUUAAAUUAAAAACUUUUGUUAAUUUCAAAAUCCAUCACAUAUAAUGAAAGGCUUGCCAAAAAAAUAAUUAAUCACUCUUAUUUUCAAACAUGACCUGUGGGAAAACAAUGACUUAAGUGUUUGACAUCAACAUAUUUCAUGGGACUUUAUUUUAGCAAUUAUCCUCCUGUUCAACAGUAAUAAGGAACUUUCAGAUCUACUUUAUUAUUCACUGCACACUAAAAUAGCUAGUUAUUAUUCUGAAACUUAAUGUUUGAUAGGGAGAUAUUCAACAGUACUUAAGGGAUAUAGGAUAUAGGAGCAAAAGGUAAUGGGACUAUUAAGUUCCUUAUUUGCUUUUGAAAAUCUUCCUCUAAAGUAUUCAAUAUCAAAAUAGACAGAAUUAACAAAAUUGAGCAGGGAAUGAGGAAAAUGAACUUGGUUCUUAGGUAAAAGAGAUCUUGCUGCAAACUCUUAACAUUCUCCCUGACCUCCUCCCCGUUUUUUCCUCAACUCUUACGUUGUUUUGAAUUAACAAAAAAGGAGAUGCAGUGCUUUAGUCAUUCCAUCUGCACUCUGACACUUCCUACAACGGAUUUCCUCUCUGGCUUGCAGCAACAAGCUUGCCCUUUGCAUUCUUUCCUUUCAUUACACAACUUGUUCAACUCCUGAACAAUGACCAACAGAGAAGAAAAAUGCAAGCAGAGUAGGUUGAUUGUUGCAGUGAGUUACUUUCUGAAAAGAAUGAAAGUCUAAUUUUAGUUUGCACCUUCAUUUGAAUUAGUGAUUGCUGCUUCAUCAUCAUAGUCCAAUAAAGCACAACAGUAAUUUGUUACACGAAUCUAUUCCAACUCUAACAAAAUACUAUAAUUGAGUCAAUAUAUGGUAAUUUUCAGUACAGAAAGGUAGGUGAUAGUGCUUCCUCACAUUUUAAAAUAUUUAUUAGUCAUAUCAAAAAAGGAUAAUUGAAAUAUAUGAAUAAUAUGGCAUUGUAAGAAUAGGUGAUUAUUCACAACAUAGGCUGUUCUCUAGAGUACAUCAUUUGUCCCUACUUGUGCUGAUUGGUAGCAAAUAAGUUUGAUGCACAUCUUUAUUAUGUCAAGGCUUUGACUAAUCACUAUGGGAGAAAAUACUAUCCAGGCAUUUAUUAUAACACUUGAACUGUCCCAAGCUUCUCGACAGAAUGAGUGUAGAUAAUCAUUGUGCUGAUUUUAUAAUACAUGUGUAUUAGCACUCAAACAGCAUUCUAGCUGCAUUUGAAACAAUAUUGCAUUAUUAGAUCCCGCUGCUGUUUUCAACAGAUUGUUUAUUCUCGAUCAGCUGCCCCCCUUUUACACUAAGAAUUAGCUUUGAGAAGUUCCAUUUGUUUUGGGAUCAGGGUUCAGGAGGCAAGUGGAUCAUUAACCCAUGCUGGCUCUUCAGCCAGGUAGCUCUAUCAGCAGAGGAGAGAUGGGUAUGGCUAUUUUCAAAUCCUUGAUCAGCAGGAAAAAAAAGCCAAUAUACUUGACUAAUCAGACUAACUAUAUAACAUGACAAUUUUAAGUCUUUCUCCUUGUUUGGGUCAAAUAUGGUGCUUAGUAUUGACGUGUGGUUAUUUAUUUAUUUAUUUAUUUAUUUUAAGUCUGGCAUGUUUUAAUUACUAAAGAGUUCAAGCUAAAGAUGUGAAAGACUUCGGUUUAUGUGCUGUUUUACUAAUCAAUAUUUAAUAUGGUUUUCAUAGGAUAUGUAACAUGACACUGAUACUCUGGACAGUUUAUCAUAGGCGCCUCAGUGAAGUUAUUUCCUUGAAGUAAUGCCCACAGAAAGUGGAAGUUGUGCAACUGCUCGGCAAGCAAAGCAGAAGCGCAAAUCACACAGUCUUUCUAUACGAAGAACCAACAGUUCUGAGCAAGAAAGGACGGGAUUGCAAAGAGAGAUGUUGGAAGGGCAGGAUACUAAACUUCCUUCAUCUGUUCGGAAUACACUUUUGGAGCUUUUUGGGCAAAUAGAGCGAGAGUUUGAAAACCUUUAUAUUGAAAAUUUGGAAUUACGUCGAGAGGUCGAUACACUUAAUGAGCGCUUAGCAGUUGAAGGACAGACAAUUGACGGAGCUGAACUGAGCAAAGGACAACUGAAAACAAAAGCCAGUCAUAGUACCAGUCAGCUUUCACAGAAAUUGAAGACCACUUACAAGGCAUCUACCAGCAAGAUUGUAUCCAGUUUCAAAACUACAACAUCAAGGGCAAUCUGUCAACUGGUGAAGGAGUAUGUUGGCCACAGGGAUGGUAUUUGGGAUGUCAGUGUCACGAAAACUCAGCCAGUGGUGUUGGGGACAGCAUCUGCUGACCAUACUGCCUUGCUGUGGAGUAUAGAAACAGGAAAGUGCCUUGUCAAAUAUGUAGGUCAUGUUGGAUCAGUAAAUUCUAUAAAGUUCCAUCCAACGGAGCAAGUAGCUCUUACAGCAUCUGGAGACCAGACGGCUCACAUUUGGAGAUAUAUGGUACAGUUGCCCAUGCCUCAGCCAACAUCAGACUGCAAUCAAAUGUCUGGGGAAGAUGAAAUUGAGUUUUCAGAUAAAGAUGAACCUGAUGGAGAUGGAGAUGGUUCCAGUGACUGUCCCACUAUCCGAGCUCCUUUAACCUCCCUGAAAAGCCAUCAAGGAGUAGUCAUAGCAGCUGACUGGCUGGUUGGAGGGAAGCAAGCUGUAACAGCUUCCUGGGAUAGGACAGCAAAUCUGUAUGAUGUGGAGACAUCUGAACUUGUCCAUUCACUAACAGGGCAUGACCAAGAGCUAACCCAUUGUUGUACACAUCCCACUCAACGUCUUGUGGUGACAUCAUCACGUGAUACAACCUUCCGUCUGUGGGAUUUCAGAGAUCCUUCUAUCCAUUCUGUGAAUGUCUUUCAGGGCCACACAGACACCGUGACAUCAGCUGUUUUCACAGUGGGUGACAAUGUUGUUUCGGGUAGUGAUGACCGUACUGUAAAAGUCUGGGACUUGAAAAAUAUGAGAUCUCCUAUUGCUACUAUCCGUACAGACUCUGCAGUGAACAGGAUUAAUGUAAGUGUUGGCCAAAGAAUCAUUGCCCUUCCACAUGACAACCGUCAGGUUAGAUUAUUCGACAUGUCAGGAGUGCGAUUAGCACGGCUCCCUCGCAGUAACAGACAGGGCCAUAGAAGAAUGGUUUGCUGUUCAGCUUGGAGUGAAGACCAUCCAAUAUGUAACCUAUUUACCUGUGGGUUUGAUCGUCAGGCGAUUGGCUGGAACAUCAACAUCCCUGCAUUGUUACAGGAAAAAUGAGAUGCUGGAAGAAUUUUUGCUUUUGUUGCCAUGGACUUGUAAACUUUUGUUGUUGUUGCAGACUUUUCUGAAUAUUAGUCUGCCUUCAUUGUAAAAGUUCUCCCUUAAAAGGAGCGCUUUGCAGAUGUUGUUGUUACCACAUCGUGCACCAUUUGCAUGUAAUGUACAGAAAAUGUGACUUUUUUAAAAAUUAGUUUGUCUUGUGUAUGAACUUUUAUAUCUUAGCAUCCACUGGUCAGUUGAAAGGAGUUCACUGUUCUAUAGAGCACAUAAGUGUUCGUAAGCUAUUCAGCAUUUGCUAGAUGAACAUUAGGGCAUUACAUUUGUGACUUUAAUGUGAAAUUUAUAUACUUAUUGUGAAGAAUAGAUAAUAGUCUACUGCAUUUUCCAUAAUUUUACAUAUCUGCCUCGUGUUAAAAGGAAUCUGCAGGGCUGAACUUCAAGAAGUGUGAAUUUCAGUAAUAGUAUCAUGGUAAACAUUUUCUUGUUUGCAUCUGUCUGAAGUAUGAUUUUUAGUGCUGCAAUGUAGUGUAACUUCAACUCCAAUUUUUUUCUAGUUACUGGAGAAAUAACAUGGAUUUGAGAGAGAAAAAGCAAGCAAACUCUUACAGUGUGCACAGAAUGCUACAUUAAAACAUUCAGGAUGUUUUUGCACAUUUCUCUUGAAAAAGAACAAGAAAAUGUUCAUUCUGCCCUUCAUGCAUAAAGUUCAUUCCAGUCUUAUAGCAUUUCACACUAGCAAAAAUCCAGAAUAUUAUGAUUCUAAUCACUGAAAUCUAUUCAAGCAAAUUUUAAAGCACUUUAGUUUAUAGCUAUUGUUAUAAACCAUUUAUGAAUGUGAGUUGACUUAUAUAGGAAGGAUUUGACACUUUUUGGUUACCUACCCAGAAAGGAAAUUUUUUGUUUUUACACCUUCAAUGAACAUAUUUUUAAAUGGGUUCAUUUCCCUAGUUUUAUUUUGAGCCAGCAUUAUGUAGUAAAUGAGUGCUACCUCAAAAAAUGAAUUUCGGUCCGGAUAGGUUGAGUCUUUCCGUAACCUUGAAAAAGUGCUUUCGGUCUGUGUCUGAAAUACUGUCUUUAAGAUGAAGAAAGACAAUUAUGCCAAAUAUGGUUUUUAAGAUGAUUAAUACUUAAGGCUAAUGGGGCAAUACCACAGAUAAACAUCACGUGUCAUCUUUGUUCUUGCAGCUCUAACUAGGGCUGCUGCAGUCCCUUCUCCAUUCCAGAGGGAAUAAUUCUGUAGUUUUUCCCUCCUUACUCCCAAGUGAUCUUACACUGGCUUUGCUCCUCACUGUCUUUCGCCUUGUUGUACUGGCAUUGUGUUGAGUUAUUGCCAGCUGUUGCUCAAAUAAGCAAAUGCAUGUGGCAGCUGACAUUUUCAGAAGGAAGAGGAAGGCUGCUUCAGACAGACCUUUUAGCUGCCCCUAACUGUCUGACAUAUCACAGCAUAAGAUGAAAGAUCAAAGUAAUUAGAUGGUGUCUUUUUAUAUAGUAGGAUGUUUAAAGUUGAUUACCAUAAGAUCUUAAGUAUUAUGAUCUUUUAAUUACAUUCUUAUGAUUAUAUGAAACAAUAGCUGAGCUGGAGUCCUCUACAGCAUUGUUUAGAUUGAAGUUGAGAGGCUGAUUUGUUAAUCAUAUCUUUCAUUCAUUAGUAUAUGAACGCAAAGAGGUGGAAUAGGAGGGGAGAAUAAGUGCACCAUUAAGUAAUUAUUAAAAAAUUUGGGUCCUAACAGUAAGCUGAAGCAUAAAACAAUGAAAGGAUAAGAAGGGGUGAGACACACUAUAAGAGAAUGUAUGUGGUGACUUCAUAGAGCAGAAUGUCUUCAAAUAGCUUGAUUUUUUUCAGAACACUGGUUUGUCUGAGUUUCAGUAUAUAUUAGACCGUGAGUCUUUCAUAAUUGCCACACUUCUAUACCUGCUAGUGAAAGGUUCUGGUGAUCAGCUGUAGACUUUAACUGCUGGUAUCAGAAGACUUGUAUUUAAAGGACAGUGUCACAGUAUCUACGGUAAUUGUCAAGUAGUUUUUUGUUUCUAACGAUUUGGAAGAUUAAAUUUAAACUCUCAUCAGAUUUUUUUUUACUCUCUAGGGCAUACACACUGGGUUGGUGUUGGGCUACAGACAUGGUUUUUUACAAACAAGACUAAAACAUCUUUUUGUUAGAGAGGAAGGAAAAGAAACAUAAGCAUGGAUGCAGUCUGGAUACUUAAAAAAAAAAAAAACUACUACACUUUUGCCAUGUGCACCUCCUGCUAAUAGAAUCAGAGCAAUUCCAGUUUGCUCCAUAUCUAGUAUCCUGAGCAAUGAUUAACCAUUUCAUUUGCAUGGAUUUGACAAACUUAAGUUGGAGGAAAGGUUAAUAGUGUGAUCCUACUAUCCUAAACUGUAUUUAAUAUAUACAUAUGUAACACAGGGCCAUUGGAUUAUAUGCAGUUUAAUUGUCAUUGCGUCCAGUGGCUCCUGGCCCUUAUAUCACCAGAGGGAUCAACCUCCGACCUCAGAAAGGAGUAUACACUAACUUAUUUUCUCUGGGGAUGGAGUGGAGGAACCAAGCAAGGUGCUAGAGACAGGUUCUCAGGAGCAGACUAAUUCUUAAUCAGUUGAAUGACUGUACCAUCUUUUAACUUUUAUAUAUUCUACUACUUGGAUGUAAUAUUGAGGCCAUAAAUUUCCCCUUCCAGUAAGGCAAAGAUUGGUGGUGGACAAUGUUACACUGACUGAACAUGUGUAAGCAUUUCAGUUUUGGCCAUGCAUGGAAUCAGAAGUGUUGUAAAGAGAGAAUCAAUGCUGAACUAAUUAUAUCCAACAUUUCAUAAAAUGGAGGAAAGUUGCUAUAUUUUCAUUAUUGAUGCAGAACUUCACUUGGAUGCAUCACUGGACAAACACAAAGAUUUUGCGUCAGGAAGGGGGGGGGUUCCCCAUAAGCAGUGCACAUUGGUUUUCACAGACUCAAAUUCUGUACAUACUUUAGAGUGAAAAUAAUUUGGUGUGAAACAUCUUAUUUGUUGUCUAAGUCUGUGAAAGCCAAUUUCUUUUGGGGAAAAAAAUCCUGAAUUUAUAAAUAUGUGAAACUACUUGUUUUUAUUGACUUGUAUUCUGCUGAUUGUUUUUAGAUGUUUAGCGUUUUCUUCAUUACAGUUUGAAAAUGCAUUAAAUCAUUCAACAGAGUUUUGUAA